AUGUACAAAGACAGCUCGAUGAGUCCAGCCAGCAAUGAAACCAAUACCUUUGAGGACGAGGAUAACUCAGUAGCCUCCUCCACCACACUGGAACAAGAGGCCGAGAAAGAUGGUUUCCACAAACCAGCGGUCCUCUUCGUUCCAAGAAUCGGAGCCAUUGCCUUUUUCUUGCUUGCAGGAGCAGGAAUCGCUGCUGGCAUGCACGUUUAUCUUCAAGGGGAAAGUGAAGAAAUUUUUGAGAGUCAGAUGACUACUUUUGCGGAUCAGAUAUCGGCAUCUGUCGACGAAUCGUUUACCCACAUACAUGGCCUUCUGACGGCUCUGAGCACAUCAUUGACUGCAACAUCACUGAUAGGUAAUUCAACAGCACUGCCAUACCACAAGUCCGACACCUUUGUUGCCACGGGGCAAAGCUUUUUGGAAGAAGCCACUGUUCCCCUUGUAUCAUGGUCUCCCAUCGUACAAGGAACGGCGGAAUUGAAUGCAUGGGAGGAAUAUUCUAAGCUUGCGGUUCAUCCAACUGGAGGUACCGGAACUUAUGCUCCCAUUUGGCAGACGGUGACCAACCAAGAGGAUUCCUCGUCCACAAACUACAAUCUCUACGCCCAGCCCAAAAUUCGCCAAAGUUUGGAAGUCGUCUCAGACACCGGACUUCAUAGCUUAUCUGGUUCUGUUGAUACCACAAGUCUCUACGGUCGUUACAAAUCGAGCGAAACUAACAGGCUUGAGAGUCUUCUGAUGGUUCCCUUGCUAAGCAACUUUUCCAGAACAAGUCAAGCCGUAACAGGGAUUGUGAUCGCCGUCGUUCCCUGGGAUACUUUCUUCCAGGGCAUCUUUCAUGAUGCCAUACACAAGGUUGAUGUCGUAAUGAGCGAUGGCAUCUGUGGAAACAGCAUGACCAUGACAAUUGAGGGGCCCGAAGUUAUUCUACGAGGCCUUGGUGAUCGUCACGAUACACGAUACACUCAUCUUGCGGAGAUGCGAGAUUUUGUUCCUGAUCUGACUCAGUCGGAUUGCAAGCUCUCCCUGACUGUGUACCCAACUCAGGAGAUUGUCCAAGAGGACGAGUCUUCAUUCCCCCCCUACGUUCCAAUACUUAUCGUGACAGUCGUUUUCAGCAUCAUCUUUGUCAUCUAUGACGUCGUCCUUAGACGCCGAGAGGAAAAGGUUAUGGGUGAAGCGAAGAAAACCAAUGACAUCCUUUCAGCCUUGUUUCCUGCAGGAGUGCACAAUCGCCUCUUUGGAAAAGGAAACAAUGAUAAGAUCGAAGAAGUAGAAGAAGAAGAAGCUAUCACGGCCAAGCAAACUCCAGAGUCAUCAAAGUAUCGACUCAAGAGCUAUUUGGCAAACGAGGAUCAAAAGACCAAGGCGAACGCGAACAUUAAUACGCCUCUUGGUACUUCCGCUCAGGAAUCUGUCCCAGGGGCUGACAUGUAUGGCACCAAGCCAAUUGCGGACUUGUUUCCCAACACGACAAUCAUGUUUGCCGACAUUGCUGGCUUCACGGCAUGGAGCUCCGUCCGCGAGCCAUCUCAAGUCUUUACUCUACUUGAGACUGUCUACUCAGCGUUUGAUGCAAUUGCUAAGAAACGAAAGGUCUUCAAGGUUGAAACUGUUGGGGAUUGUUAUGUGGCGGUGACAGGCUUGCCCGAGCCCAGAGCUGAUCAUGCUUUUGCUAUGGCAAAGUUUGCCAGAGAAUGCGUAAUGCGCUUUAACGAACUAUCCAAGCAAUUGGAGGUGAAACUUGGCCCCGACACUGGAGACUUGGCGAUGCGAGCUGGGCUUCAUAGUGGACCAGUUACAGCCGGAGUCUUGCGUGGCGACAAGUCUCGUUUCCAACUCUUUGGUGACACUGUUAACCAGGCUGCAAGAAUUGAAGGUACAGGAAAAAGAAACAGGGUUCAUUUGUCAUCCGAGACGGCAGAGCUUCUUAUCAAGGCUGGUAAAAAGUCAUGGAUUAAAAAGCGCGAAGACGUCGUCACGGCAAAAGGAAAGGGCGAAAUCCACACCUAUUGGCUGCAUAGCCCUCAAGAUGCCAUUGCUGAGGCCUCGCAGUCCAAGAUUACGGGACCACCAAGACUAUCCAUCCAAUCAAACAACAGUUCAAACCUCGACAACAUGGCUUUGGCAGCACUCGAGCAAUCUCUGCCUCCAAAGAUCCUACGACUGGUCCGUUGGAAUGUUGAGAUUCUAAAAAAGCUGCUUCAACAAGUUAUUGCACAGAGACAAGGGCAAAACGCUGCCCCCAAGCGCAAAAAUCAAAAUCUAGACAAGCGAGAAAGUCAGCUCAGCAAGCAGAAACAGUGCCUUGAAGAAGUUACUGAGAUCAUUGCUCUUCCAAGUUACGAUCACAAGGACUACGUAGACCCAAGAAAAGUUGAGAUUCCUCCUGAGGUCGUCAAGGAGCUCCAGCACUUCGUUUGCGUGAUUGCCUCGCUGCAUCGAGACAACCGUUUUCACAAUUUUGAACACGCAAGUCACGUCACCAUGUCUGUGAGCAAGCUCUUGAAUCGCAUUGUUGCGCCAGAUCAUGAAGUCAUCAACCAACAAAGCGGAAAUGACUUAGCACUGUCCCUUCAUGAUCACACAUAUGGCAUCACAUCUGAUCCUUUGACCCAGUUUUCGAUUGUAUUGGCUGCACUGAUUCACGAUGUUGACCACAGCGGUGUGUCUAACUUCCAGUUGAUCAAGGAAAAGACUCCGAUGGCUGCGUUCUUCAAACAAAAGAGUGUGGCUGAGCAGAACUCCAUCGUUCUUGCUUGGGAUCAGUUGAUGUUGCCCAAAUAUUCACUUCUUCGUCGCACCAUCUACACAGACCAAAUUGAAUUGGAUCGAUUCCGCCAAAUUCUCAUCAACAAUGUUCUCGCAACAGAUAUCUUUGAUAAGGAACUACAAGGACUUCGAAAGAGUCGGUGGGAAAACGCAUUCCAUAUGAAAGGCAUGCAAUCAGUGGAUAAAUCACCAUUAGAUGACAGCAAUCGCAAGGCAACCAUUGUGAUGGAGCAUCUAAUCCAAGCUUCGGAUGUCUCGCACACCAUGCAACAUUGGCACGUCUACCAAAAGUGGAACGAACGGCUCUUUGCUGAGAUGAUGGAAGCAUAUCAAAGUGGAAGAAUGGAUAAAGAUCCAAGCUUGAAUUGGUACCAAGGGGAACUUGGUUUCUUUGAUAACUAUAUCAUUCCGUUGGCGAGGAAACUCGAAGAAUGCGGUGUCUUUGGAGUUUCAAGUGACGAGUACUUGAACUAUGCGCUCGAAAAUCGGCGCGAGUGGUCGAAGAAAGGAGAGGAUGUUGUAGACAAGAUGAUGGCUACGUAUUGCCCUGACAGAUCAAAGCGAGAGAGCGUAUCGGGUGAGGUCCUCUGA